AUGUCUUGCCGCUCCUACCGAGUCAGCUCUGGUCAUCGGGUGGGCAGUUUCAGUUCUUGCUCAGCAAUGGCCCCUCAGAAUCUGAACCGCUUCCGGACUAGCUCUGUCUCCUGCAGGAGCGUGUCCGGCUUCCGUGGCUUGGGUGGCUUUGGUAGUCGGAGUGCCAUUCACUUUGGAUCAUCCUCACCUCGGAUCGCAGUUGGGUGCUCUCGUCCUAUCCGCUGUGGAGUUGCCUUUGGAGUUGGCUCUGGGGAUGGGAGUGGAGUUGGUCUGGGCUUCAGGGCCACCAGUGGUGUUGGCCUGGGUUUUGGAGCUGGCAGUGGCCUAGGCUAUGGUUUUGGUGGGCCUGGCUUUGGGUACAGAAUUGGAGGAAUUGGAGGCCCAUCAGCCCCCUCUAUCACGGCUGUGACUGUCAACCAGAGCCUGCUGACUCCCCUCAAUCUGGAGAUCGACCCCAAUGCCCAGAGGGUGAAGAAAGAUGAGAAGGAACAGAUCAAAACCCUCAACAACAAGUUUGCCUCCUUCAUUGACAAGGUGAGGUUCCUGGAGCAACAGAAUAAACUCCUAGAAACAAAAUGGAGCUUCCUUCAAGACCAGAAAUGUGCCCGGAGCAACCUGGAACCUCUUUUCGAUAACUAUAUCACCAGCCUGAGGAGGCAGCUGGAUGUACUAGUCGGUGACCAGGCUCGGCUGCAGGCUGAAAGGAACCACAUGCAGGACAUCCUUGAGGGUUUCAAGAAGAAGUAUGAAGAGGAGGUGGGAUGCCGAGCCAACGCUGAGAACGAGUUUGUAGCUCUGAAGAAGGAUGUAGACACAGCUUUCCUGAAUAAAUCAAAUCUGGAAGCCAAUGCGGAUGCCCUGGCCCAGGAAGUUGAAUUCCUGAAGGCUCUGUACCUGGAGGAAAUCCAGCUGCUGCAGUCACACAUCUCAGAGACAUCUGUCAUUGUGAAGAUGGAUAACAGUCGGGACCUGAACCUGGACGGGAUCAUAGCUGAUGUCAAGGCCCAGUAUGAGGAGGUGGCAAGGCGCAGCCGUGCUGAUGUUGAGGCCUGGUACCAGACCAAGUAUGAGGAGAUGCAGGUGACAGCUGGGCAACACUGUGACAAUCUACGAAACACGCGGGAUGAGAUCAAUGAGCUGACCCGGCUGAUCCAGAGGCUGAAAGCAGAGAUUGAACAUUCCAAGGCUCAGUGUGCCAAGCUGGAGGCCGCCGUGGCCGAGGCAGAGCAGCAGGGUGAAGCGGCCCUCAAUGACGCCAAGUGCAAGCUGGCAGAUCUGGAGGGUGCCCUGCAGCAGGCCAAGCAGGACAUGGCACGGCAGCUGCGGGAGUACCAGGAGCUCAUGAAUGCCAAGCUGGGCCUGGACAUCGAGAUCGCCACAUACAGACAGCUGCUGGAGGGCGAGGAGAUCCGGAUCUGUGAGGGUAUUGGACCAGUAAACAUAUCUGUGAGCAGUUCUCGAGGAGGGGUGCUGUGUGGCCCCGAGUCCUUGGUCUCUGGAUCCAGCUUCUCCCGCAACGGUGGGGUCACCUUCUCCAGCAGCAGUAGUGUCCGCACCACUGGAGGGGUUCUGACUUCCUCAAGCCUGAGGGCUUGUGGGGACCUGCUGAGCUCUGGGACUAGAGGAGGCUCAGUGCUGGUGGGCGAUGCCUGUGCCCCUAGCCUCCCCUGCCCACUACCCACUGAGGGUGGCUUCAGCAGCUGCAGUGGUGGCCGUGGCAACCGCAGCUCUAGUGUCCGCUUCUCAUCCACCACUAGCUCUCGCAGGACCAGGUACUAA